UUAAAAUAGCAAUAACGUUAAUAGUGGUGAGGAAAUUGACAUCUCAAUACUACAAAAAAAAUCAAGAAGAAGCAUUGCAAUUUUAGAAACUUAGAAACUGCGGCCAAAACGCAAAGUAUCGGAGCGUAAAUUGCGCGACAUAGGUAAAAAAUCACUUAACAAGGAUAACUGAAGCUAGGACUGAAUCAAGUCGUAAAGGGCACAAAAUAUCCCAAUGAAAUGAAUCCGAGAAAGUGAUAGUUUCAAUGUCGAUGAAAUGUAGAUGGACAACAGCUGUUUUCACAACUCGCUCUAGGUCGCAUAGCUGGAACUGGGGUAGGAAGUCAGCCAUUAUGAUGAUGUACAGUACCUCCUGAAACGGAACAGCGCAUACUUCAUUUGACCUUGACUAUGAUCCAUAUUUGGCAACAAUGGGUAACUUACAGUCAGUUGAUAAAGGGUCCUUUGACAAACUACAGGAUGAGGUGGAUCAAAUGAACUGGGGCAUGCAGAUGAUUCAAAAGGAAAUACAUGGUAAAGCCUCAAACAACGAACAGAUUAUAGCCGAAAAAGACGAGGCUAUAAAGAAGCUUCGAGAACAAAUGAACACUCGUGUAGUCGUUGCAGUAUUGGUGGGUGGUGGAACACUCCUGCUUGCUUAUUUGAUAAAAAAAAAGUUCUUUACAAGUGAGGUUGUAAAAGGCAGUGAUGAGAAUUCUUCUUUGUAUCCUGAACCAUGGCGCACAAUCCAUCCAAGAGCGACUAGCAUUUCACAGAUGAAAGACUUCUAUUUGAGACAAAUAGUUGAUAUUAGCCAUUUUCAAGACGCACAGCUCAAUAUUCUACUUCUGGGGCAAGCUGGGAGUGGGAAAUCUUCCUUCAUAAACACCUGUCGAACUGCCUUAAGACAAGAGGGUCCCAUUUCUCAAAUAGCAGCUGUUUUGAAAGGGGGUUCGGAAUCGGUAACAAAAAAUUUAAAAGCAUAUCCGAUGACAGUCAAGGAUGGCGAUGGACAUAAAGAGUUACCUGUCCGACUGAUUGACUGCCGAGGACUGUUGGAUGAAAAAAGAGGAGUACAGACUGAGGAUAUCAUAACUAUUUGUGAUGGCCACAUAAAAAACAAUUAUCUGAUACAACCCGGAAAUCCUAUCAAUUCUGACGACCCACAUUUCCGUGUAAGCCCAGGAGAAAUGGACAAGAUACAUUGUGUUGUAUACGUUUUAGAUGCUCAAAACAGGAUGGGAAAUGGAUUUGUACUUGAAAAUGUUAAAAAGCAAUUUGUGAAAGUAAGGGAAGAACUGGGUCUGCGCAACAUUCCUCGGCUGAUACUUUUGACAAAGAUAGACCGACUUGGUAUCAAACACAUUGAGAAAAUUUUCUACGAUGAAAGAGUCGAGAAGAGCUGCGAUGAAGCAUCGUCCUUCCUUGGAUUUCCUCAAGGAGAUGUGUUACCCCAAGUAAAUUACUGCAAUGAUGUUAUCCGUAAUGAAGUGAAGGAUUCGAUAACCUUAUUCAACAUAUGGACGAUUAUUGGAAAAGCGAAAGAAUGCGUACAAAAUGCAUCUUAAGACUGAAAGUUUUCCUCUGUGAAAACGUAAAAAAAAAUAGUGCGACGUGACAUUUGCUGUUCGUAUUAAAAUGCCAGACCUAAUAAUUUGAUACAACAAUUAACGAAUUAUAUUUUACUAUCUUGUCUAUUCUAUGAAAACUAACAAAAAUAAACUUCAAAAAAAAAUA